UCACUUGCUCCUCUUGAACAAACUCUUUGAACUUGGCUUUUCGAUUGAAGUCAUUCGCUGGAUGUACAGUUAUCUAUCAGAAAGGAAGCACGCAAUAAGAGAUGGUGAGAAGCUAUUUACCUGGCGGAACUGCUGUGCUGGUGUGCCACAAGGUAGUGUUCCUGGCCCGUUACUGUUUUCUCUCUUCAUUAACGACCUUCCGAAGUGCUUGCGAUAUUGCAGUCAUCUUUUCUUUGCCGACGAUGGUGCAAUUUAUCUUACUUGUAAAGUAUCCGAACUUGAUCAACGCCUCUAAGACUAAAGCUAUGAUUUUGGGCAGUGCGUUUAAUGUGAAUCUCAUUCAGCUUGAUCAGACACCAGCUCUGGUCCUUGCUGGCGAAGAUAUUGAGUACGUGAUCAGCUUCAAGUAUCUGGGUGUUAUUCUUGAUCCAAGACUGUCUUGGGUGGAUCAGGUUGCAAGAACAUGUAGUACUGCAUCAAUAAUGCUGUAUCGUCUACGUCAAUCGGUUAAUGAACUCAACAUCAAUCUGAAACGGCAGAUCGUUACCAGCUUGGUCCUUCCAGUCUUUGAUUACUGUGCAGUGGCUCUUACAAACUUAAAUCUAAAUCUUGAGAAAAAGCUAACAGUUACGCUGAACAAUUGUGUACGGUUCGUGUUGCGUAAGCGACGUGGAGAGCAUAUCAGUGAACCUCGGCUUGACCUCGAAUGGCUAUCGCCUUAUAAUCGACGGUGUAUUUGUUAGGCUGCAUAUUCUACGGCAUGCUGAUGUUAAACAAGAAUGCCUUGUUGUGUGAGCGCAUCAGAAUGAAUCACAACGUUGCUCGGCACAGAGACAAUAACCGGACUGAUACGCUUAUUGCGCCAAUUCCUCGCACAUCAACUUUGCAGCACUCGUUCCUGGUCGUAGGCACUGCAUUUUGGAACUCUUUACCGUCAACAAUUACAACUUCAACAUCUCUAGCAGAGUUCAAAACCAGCUGCUAUAAUCAUCUCAUGGCUAUAGAGCUGGCUGAGGUCGCAAGUGCGUUGCCUUAGUUUUUUCCUGUGUGUGUUAUUUGUAAUUCUAGAGACAUUUAGUCGUCAACUUGUGCAAAGACAAUUCUCUACAUUUUUUGUGAUAACCUUGUGCAAUUAAGAUUUGCCUUUUCUUUUGAAUAUUUUUCAUUUCAGUUUUAAAUGACGUUGAGAGACCUUAAAUAUUAUUAUUUUCUUGUUAAACUUAUUUAAUAUUUUGUUCAUUGUUAAAUUUCAUAUGCUAUUUUUAUAAAGUACUCUGUACAUAUCCUUUGUAUUAUCUUUAGGCCGUUAGAAGACUUUGUCCUACGGCCUUGUCAA